AUGAUCAAUACUACCCUUUUAGCAUUUGGUGUAGUUGAGACAGAGACAAAAGAUAGUCGGAAAUGGUUUUUAGAGUUACUUCUUCAAGAUAUUGGUGUAGAAAGAAGAUAUGUUUUUAUAUCAGACCAAUAUAAGGGACUGGUAAGUGUAUUUGAAGAAAUAUUUGAACAAAUUGAACACAAGAUAUGUCUUAGGCACUUGUAUGUUAAUUUCAAUAAGAAGUUUAGAGGUGGAGCUGCAAUAAGAGACUUACUCACGAGAGCUGCAAAAGCUACUUAUUACCAAGCAUGGGAGAAGAAGAUGACUGAGCUAAAGCAAUUGGCAAGUUGA